AUGGCGGUUUCCAGUGCAUUAAACAUUCGUCCAAUUUUCACCGGGUAUCCAUUCCAAGGUGAGUUCUAUUUAACACUUCUUCAAACAAAUCUGGAUCUGGAGACGGGCAGCAUUCGACCAGGGGUCAUUGGAGGGAGCAAACCUCGAGUAGCCACUCCUGAUGUGGAAAAGAAAAUUGAAGAUUACAAGAAGGAGAAUCCAGGAAUUUUUAGUUGGGAGAUUCGGGAUCGCUUGAUAAAGGACGAAAUUUGUGACAAGAACUCAGCCCCCAGCGUGAGCUCCAUCAGCAGAGUUCUCCGGGGAGGAAGGCAACCUGACAAGCCAGAAGAUUGUUACAGGGAUGGCGAAGGGAGCAAGAAAGCCGACCAUAGUAUUAACGGAAUUCUGGGGGGUCGAACCAGUAACGACGAUUCUGACUGUGACUCAGAGCCUGGGAUUCCCCUGAAGAGAAAACAAAGACGGUCCAGGACAACUUUUACGGCGGAACAACUGGAAGAGCUAGAACGUGCCUUUGAGCGAACCCAAUACCCGGAUGUGUACACAAGGGAGGAGCUGGCUCAGAGAACCAAGCUGACAGAGGCCCGUGUACAGGAAUAG